AUGGUGGAAAUGUUGACAAUGCGAGGAGUAACUCGUUUUGAUAUGGAUCAAAAGUGUUGGCGGACUCCAGUUGUUCCCGAAAACUAUCAGAUUUCGCUGGGAAUGUUCGAUCAGUUGAAAGAGGGUCUUCGAGACCGUCAGAAAGACGGGUUUCUGAAGUUUUGCCAGUCAUUGCAUCCGGACAUUCGUAAUAAUGAGCUAGCAAUUGACUUGAUUGUGCUUAUUGUACUGUUCGAUUCGAAUCGCGAUGCACUUCUCGACCCAGCUGAUCGUAUUACUGUUGCACGGCACUGUCAGGAAUAUCAAGCUCUCCUGCAUCGUUGUGAAAGUGACGGAAAACUAGAUAUGGGAUUAUUGUGA